CGCGAAAGAGGCAGUGAAUGAACUAGGGGGAUAUAAAGACUGCAUUCGGUUCCACUUGCAGUAUCACAAGAUCCACAGCAAAAGACAUCGAAAUGGCAGAAACAGGAACACAACAAACAACCCAACCAGAGGAUACCCAGGUUUAUGGACCAGGUGGAGUACCAAAAGGUGUAUGUUCAUUAGCUGGGAAUCCCAUUUUCACAUGCGCAUCUAAAAUAGAAACACCUGACGCACGACAACCAAGACCAGAUGAAUGGUUUGAGGGUUAUAACACCAUUCCUCAGAACCCCUUAUACCGGACUACAAAUAACUCCUAUGGAAACAGACCACCCACUGUACACACCAUGCCUACAAGCUUCCAUGCUAAAUCUCAGAAAUUCUCAAAGCAUUUAGGAACAUGUGGAAUGUACAGAAACCACUCACUGAACACAGGAAUGGACCAAAGUCGGGUUUAAAGGACAGGGAAUUGUGGGACUAAUAUAAAUUAUUACCAUUUGACUUUUAAGACUACAUCCAAUAUUCUGUUUUCUAAUGCUCUACGCGUUGUUUUUUUUUAAGCCAGAAAUGUACGCAGAUAUGCCACAAUCAUGUUUAUAAUCUUGCAAAAAAAUUCAUGAAGCUGUCUAAAACUUAUUUAAGCUUAUUAUGAAGGCACGUUGAUGUGUUUAACACGCAUAUUUCUACAUAAGCGUGUAUAUAGGCAUACUCAUAAUAUUAUUUAAUUGCAAGAAAAGUUGUGUACCUGUACUGAUGAUGGAAAUAAUAAAAAAAUCAAUAAAUCAGA